UCAUUCUUCAGCCGCAAACGCCACCACCAACGCCGCCGCGGCUGCCGCAGUACAUUGUUGUUUCCCAUUAGAGCACUACAGCAUAAGAUCAAAGAACUGGUCAUGGAAUCCCCCGCUCAUAAUUUCGGUGGUGUUUGCUACAAAGUCAUGUAUUAUGGAGCUGAAAACUUGAGGACGAUACAACAGGUGCUGGAAAUCAUGAUGAUUGAACAGCUGGGAAGGGCCAUAGAUUUGAAGGUAGGAGGGUUGCAGUUUUCCCAUUGA